UUUGCCAUACUAUUUUAGUGAAUCAUUUUGUGUAAAUUCUUCGUCUAUGUUUCGGUGCUCUACAGAUCAUACUGGGAACUAAUAUAACGUAGACCUGAAACCUGACGGAAUAGUAGAGAAGACGGACAGUAGCACAACAAUAUGGAUGUGAGGGAUGCCAACGCUGCGAUGUUAAGCAACUAUGAGGUGUAUCAGCUCCUCACAGACCUUAAAGAGAAGAGGAAAGAGAGUGGUAAAAAGCACAGCACGGGUCAACAGAAUCUAAACACCAUCAUGUAUGAGACAUUGAAGUACCUUUCCAAAACGGCAUGUUCCCGACAGAGUCCAGAGAUUGUGAAGGAGUUUCUCACCACUAUGAUCGACCACAAACUCACCAAAGCAGAGAAGCUUCAGCUGCUUAAUCACAGGCCCCAGACUGCUGUGGAGAUCCAGUUGAUGGUGGAGGAAAGUGAGGAGAGACUAUCUGAGGAGCAGAUUGAGGAACUCAUCCAGAAGGCGACAGAAAUUCUCCCAGGAGACCCUGAACAAGAAGCGGAGGCCGAAAUGGAUGCUUCAGCAGACCAGUAGAGCUGCAUUCCUUAGGGGCUUUCCAUUCCAAAACAUGUUGAGAAGAAGAAGUGAUGUGGGUUUGUGUGUGUGUGUG